GAGACCUAGUUCACUGUCCAAAAGAGCGAGUUCCAGACACAUUGGGGAGAGACUCCUCACGCCAUCACCAAAGAACUUCUAGCCACAGGUGGGAAUUCCAACCUAAGCACCAUCCCUCCUUUGGGACACACAGGCUUCUUAGGCCCUUGAAGAUGAAGGCUGCAAUGUCACUGGUGGGAAGCCAGGGCAUUAUCUCAGUCACCGAGAUCUUUAUUGCCUUGGCUGUCUUCUGUCUGACGUUCAUGGUCAUCAGAUCCUUCUGGCAGCAGAUCCCCAAGGGGCUGAAGAGGCUCUCAGGACCAAGGGGUUACCCCCUGAUAGGCAAUGUGCUGGAGCUGGGGAGCAAUCCACACCUGACCUUGACUCAGAUGAGCCAGAAGUAUGGAGAUGUGAUGCAGAUACAGAUCGGCGCCAGACCUGUGCUGGUGCUGAGUGGGUUGGACACCAUCAAACAAGCCCUGGUGAAGCAAGGGGAGGUCUUCAUGGGGCGCCCUGAUCUCUACAGCUUUCGCAAUAUUGGAGAUGGCCAGAGCUUGACCUUCAGCACUGAUUCAGGGGAGGUGUGGAGAGCUCGCAGGAAGUUGGCCCAGAAUGCCCUGAAGACCUUUUCUGUCUCACCCAGCCCCAACUCUUCGUCCACCUGCCUCCUCGAGGAGCAUGUCUCCAAAGAAGUUGACUACCUAAUAAGAAAGUUCCUGCAACUGAUGGAGGAGAAGAAGAGGUUUGACCCCUAUCGGUACGUGGUGGUCUCUGUGGCCAAUGUCAUCUGUGCCAUGUGCUUUGGCAAGCGUUACGACCAUGAUGACCAAGAGCUGCUCAGCAUAGUGAAUGUGACAGAUCAAUUUGGGGAUGUGGCUGCCUCUGGCAAUAUAGCGGAUUUCAUCCCAGUGCUCCAGUAUUUUCCCAACAGCACCAUGAAGAAAUUUAUAGAAUUCAACAAGAGGUUCCUCAAGCUCCUGCAGGACAUUGUCAAAGAGCACUACGAAAGCUUUGAGAAGGACAACAUUCGAGACAUCACUGACUCCUUGAUUGAGCAAAGUCAGGAGAAUAAAGUGGAAGCCAAUGCCAACAUUCAGCUUCCGAAGGAAAAAAUUGUCAACCUGGUCAAUGACCUCUUUGGAGCCGGUUUUGACACUGUGACAACAGCUUUGUCCUGGAGCCUCAUGUAUCUUGUGACAUAUCCAGACAUUCAGAAAAAGAUUCAGGAAGAAUUAGAUCAGACCAUUGGCAGAGAGAGGAGACCCAGACUCUCAGACCGGCCCAUGCUGCCUUACACAGAAGCCUUUAUCUUAGAGAUGUUCAGACAUUCCUCCUUCAUGCCCUUCACCAUUCCUCACUGCACAACGAAAGACACAGUACUGAAUGGCUACUACAUCCCGAAGGACCUCUGUGUGUUUGUCAACCAAUGGCAAGUCAAUCACGAUGAGAAGCUUUGGAAAGAACCAUCUAAGUUCGACCCAGAGCGUUUCCUCCAUGCUGGAGGGACUGAAGUAAACAAGGUGGAUGGUGAGAAGGUGCUGGUCUUUGGCCUGGGGAAGAGGAAGUGCAUUGGCGAGACCAUUGCCAGAUGGGAGGUCUUCCUCUUCCUGACCACCCUGCUGCAGCAGCUGGAGUUCAGCGUCUCUGAUGGAGAGAAGGCGGACAUCACGCCUGUGUACGGCCUGACAAUGAAGCACAAGAGGUGUGAGCACUUCCAGAUUAAGCAGCGCUUCCCAAUCCAGAGUUCAGAGUGAGCCACCUCUGGACACUGGAUGGGGGAAAGCAAAGAUCCCAUUUGAAUUUUUACCCUCAGGGGCCAUAUGCUAAGAUAAAUUGGACCCAAUAUAGCUUCUAUCUGAUUAAUCUGUAUUGAUUUGUCUUACCCGUCUGUUAACUAGCUCCAUCACCCUCACCUGUAGAAUCACAACAGACAUGCCAGGGUAGCCUGGCUUGUUCACACAGGUGUAACUGCUUUCGGGGGUGAUGCAUGAUAGCUGGGGUUCUCUACUGAAUUCCUCUUCGAAUGCUACUAAGGUGUAUUCCCUUAAUGCUUCCUUAUAACAGACAGCCAAAAGUUGAAGGCAUCGGGACCACCCAUGUGCUUAAAGUUAUACAUGUGCUUAAGAUCUUUGCUAAACUGGAACCUAAGCCUGUCCCAAAUGUCAUGAUGACCUUCAUCCAGGUAGAGUAUUAAGGUCCACGGACAUCUUAGGAGGCAGAUCCUCAUCUGAAAUAAACACCUUAUUGGAGCUAGGACAAUUGACUUGACAACUGACGACUAACCCUUGUGUUCAGUCUUGUCUAUUACAUUGUAGAAGAAGGUUAGGCUUGUCAAGGAGGGUAAAAAGGAGUUCAGCAGCUCACUCCCAGCUGAAUAUAGAUAAUACAACAACUUUGUUUACAUGGAUUAGCUUUCUGGUUUCUUGGACAUGUUUGAUUUCCUCCAAAGACCCCCAGAAACUGAGGCUGCCUCGACGAAUGAGCUCUGUGCUGUAAGACAGCCCAUGAACACAUGGUAGAUGAACCUUUUGAUAUUAGCAAGUAACUAUUGCUCAGACCCAUGUCUCACGUAUGCUAAAAAGGUCACAUGACCCUGCUGCAGGUUCCAAAGAGCCUUUGAAAUGCUAUGGGUGCCAUGAGAAGAAAGUGGGGAUGAAAUUAUAUUGCAUCUUUGAACAAGUGAAAGGAAAUAAUAGUCAGCCCUAGCUCAUAUCAUCCAUAGAUCCCAAAGCACUUUGCAAAUGAGAUCAGCAUAAAUUUACAGCUGAGGAAAGGAGAGCUGGAUAGUGACUUGCUCAAGAUCACCCAACCAGGAAGCAAACCCAGGUCUUUUGAGGCCCAGUCCAGUGCCCUAUCCAUUAGGCAACACUGCCCGACUGGAAGUUGCAUUUGAGAGCAGAGCCCGGGUAAGCAUCUCGCUAGCUGCUAGAAUCCAGCAAACUUUAUUGUCACUAGGAGUUUCAAACUUUUCCUUAGCAUGGGCCCCCUCUUAUUCGAGAGAUUGUCUCCUGAACAUCAUUGACAACCCUCCCUGCCAAACUGGUAAGAGGUUUAAUCAGGUGUCUGAUGAAUCCGCUUAUGGCUGACAAGCCCAAUUCGAGAGCGACAUAGCUUGGUACAAAUUUCACAGCUCCAGAUGUUGUCUGGGUUGGAGUCCAAGAUUACAGCACGCUGCUUUCUUCUUUCUCGCUCUGCUUCCAUCCUCUUACUCAAAGCCACUUCGUGUUGAGCUCCACCCAGUGCCAGAUGUUCCCUCCAGAUUGAAUAGGCUUCUGCACGCUCCUCCUAGCUGUCUACAUUGAUGUUGAAUGACUUAAUAUCAUUUUUGCACAUGUCAUGGUACCGCCAUAAAGGGAGACCCCCACUUUCUAGAGCCAUGCCGAAUCUCACUGUACAAAAUAUUCUUGGGGAUACGGUCUCCUGUCCUCCCAUUCUCCUGACAUGACCAAGCCACUGCAGCCUCCUCUUCUUGAUAUGGUUUCUAAGUAUGUCAGUCCUAUGUGCUCCAGCACCUUUGUUUGGUAUUUUGUCUUCCCACUUCAUUUUCAGAAUUUUAUGCAGGCAUCUCAUGUGGAAGGUGUUCAGUCUCAUGAUAUGCUUAGCAUAUGUAUUCCAAGUCCCUGAACCAUAAAGUAGGGAUGACAGCACACAGUCUCCUGAACACCUCCCUUCCUAAUCACAGUCCAGGACAACACUUUUCCCUUAGCCCCACCAAUUUUGCAUCGACCACCUCCUCUGCCCUUUGGAGUUGCGUGGGUGAUCUCUCUUCCCAUAUGCAAUCAUGUAACACGCAGCAAUUGGUCACGGUGAUGACUGGUAUUAGGAAAGCAGUUACAUUUGUUUGACAUGUUAAAUGCAAUAUGUGUUCAGUUCUUUGUUCUGGCAAUAAAGCUGGUGGAUCAUCUUCACGAGGCGGGCACAUUUUUCUCCAAGACUUCAUUCUUGAGCUGCAGGGCCUGAUUUAGAUCUUGUUCACACCAGUACAAGCAGGGCCAGCUCCAGGGUUUUGGCCGCCCCAAGCAGCCAAAAAAAAAAAAAAAAAGCCGCGAUUGCGAUCUGUGGCGGCAAUUUGGCGGAAGGUCCUUCGCUCCAAGCGGAAGUGAGGGACCGUCUGCCGAAUUGCCGCCGAAUAGCUGGACCUGCCGCCUCUCUCCGGAGUGACCGCCCCAAGCACCUGCUUGCCAAGCUGGUGCCUGGAGCUGGCCCUGAGUACAAGUCAAGAGUAACUCCAGUCAAUGGUGGCAUGAGAAUGGGAUCAGGCUCUUUGCAUGCAUGGGUUAUAACAAAAGUGUUUUUCAUAAAUAUAUAAAAUGCAACGAAAAACAUUCAGGCUACAAUGCGGCCUUCUAGCAACGAAGUGUGGGACGGCCCUCUAAUGCCUCGGGAGUUGCAUUUAUAGAUGUCCCUGUGAGUGCCUGAUUGGGCCUUCAGUCCCCAGGGGGGCUCAUGCAGGGUCAUGUGCCCCCCCGCCCCCGAUUUGCAACUCUGUCCGCAUAUUUAUUCAGGGGACACCAUCAUAGAUCUAACCACAUCAGCCACAUCAUCAGGGGCUCAUUCACCUGCACAUCUACCAAUGUGAUAUAUGCCAUCAUGUGCCAGCAAUGCCCCUCUGCCAUGUACAUUGGCCAAACCGGACAGUCUCUGCGCAAAAGAAUAAAUGGACACAAAUCUGACAUCAGGAAUUAUAACAUUCAAAAACCAGUAGGAGAACACUUCAACCUGCCUGGGCACUCAAAUAACAGACUUAAAAGUGGCAAUUCUUCAACAAAAAAACUUCAAAACCAGACUCCAACGUGAAUCCGCAGAAUUGGAAUUAAUUUGCAAACUAGACACCAUCACAUUAGGCCUGAAUAAAAACUGUGAGUGGAUGGGUCACUACAAAAACUAAUUUUCCCAUACUCAUUUUCCCCUACUGUUACUCACACCUUCCUAUCAACUGUUUGAAAUGGGCCACCAUCAUUAUCACUAUAAAAGUGAUUUUUCCUCCCUUGGUAUUCUACUGUUAACUGAAUUGUCUCGUUAGACUGAUCCCCCACUUGGUAAGGCAACUCCCAUCUUUUCAUGUACUAUGUAUAUAUGCCUGCUACUGUAUUUUCCACUCCAUGCAUCUGAUGAAGUGGGUUUUAGCCCACGAAAGCUU